AUGCCUGUGCUGCACAUAUCUGAUUAUAAUGUAAUGAAUGAGAACUCAAGUUAUAAUUCAUCUGUGUCUGCCAUAGACAGCUUGAAGAGGACUGUGUCAGAUGUACUUUCUGUGAUACAAGAAUCAUUUGACAAUGAUAUUACUCCAUACUUUGCCUUAAUAAUCUGUUUAUGGGGUACAAUAUUUAUGGAAGUAUGGAAAAGAAAAUCUGCUGAACUUGCCCAUCAGUGGGAUGUUGUCAAUUAUGAGGCCCUGGAACCAAAUCGGCCAGAAUUUCAUGGAAGCAAACAAUAUGAAGUAUGUCUUGUUGCGACCAGUGUGAUGGGUGUCAUUGUGUACCGUGUGAUCAUUUCAAUCGACUACUGUGCUAGUUUGACUGAGAUGCACUGUUUUAUGUUAACGACCAUAGUUUCAUCGAUACUCAAUGCAAUCUCUAUCUUAUUACUGGGAAUUGCAUAUACCCACUUGGCUUACAAACUCACUAGCUGGGAAAACCAUCGGACACAAUCAAGUUUUGAUGAUGCAUUAAUUAUCAAACUCUUUGCUUUCCAUUUUGCUAACUCCUAUGCUUCCUGUUUUUAUAUCGCUUUUCUUCGAGGAAGAACACUGCAUGAAGGAAUUCUAGGAAUGGGCACUUCUUACCAGGAUGAGUGUGAUGGAAGUUGCAUGUCACAAUUGUCAUUCCAGGUGUUAGUUCUAAUGAUUACCAAACCAUUCCCCAAACUGCUGAAAGAUGUGAUUGUGCCGAAAAUAUCAAAAUUAUGGCGGAUUGCAAUGAGGACAAGGUAUUUUGGUUCUAAAGUAGAGCAAGAAACGGAAGAAACCUCUUCAAAUAUUCAAUCUAAAAAAUUGUGGAUGGAAUCGCACAUUCAAGAAGAACUGAAUAAACCCAAGCUGAAAGACUUCACUCUGGAAGAAUACACAGAGAAAAUGAUCCAAUAUGGAUAUCUAAUGGUUCACGGUCGUGAGAAUGUUCACAAUGCAUUUCUUAUUGCCUUCACCUCAAGAUGGUCAGAAAAAUUUACACUUGUUAAACGGCUUUGGAUUGUCAUUGGUUUUGAGCAUAUAGUUUUUGCUGUGAAGCUCUUCAUUGAAUUUUUCAUUCCUGACUCUCCAGCUUAUGUGAAACUUUCCAUACGCCAGAAUAAAUUCAAAAUUGCAGAAAGAUUGAAGAAGGAGACCAAAGAUUAUCGAAAUAUUGUUCCUGAAGAUGCUCCAGUGACUUGUGGCAUCUCUCUAUCUGGGGGUGGAAAGCAGCAUCGUGUGAAACGGAAAAGUAUGCAUUCUGUGGAAAUGCCAACGAAACAGAAGAAGGGAUCUGUGGCUGAUGAUGAGGAUGAAGAUGGUGGUGGUGGUGGUGGUGGUGAUUCGGAUGGUGCUUGUGCUAUCUUCCGUGAUCGACUGGUCAACCGUAACCGCCCACACUCAUUGGCUGCAGCAGGAUCAACAUCUCUGAGUCUUGGCAAUCAUCCUGAAAGCAAAUUAUAG